CUGCUAUUUGCACUGAUUUAUUAUAAAACCUCUUCUUCUCUUCUUCUCCUCUUCUUCUUCUCUAUCUCCAUCCUCUACUUCUCUCUCCCUCAUCUCUCAUCACCAUGAAAUCGUCCUUCCACCUCAACUCCGGCUACGAAAUGCCCGCCGUCGGCCUCGGCACCUGGCAGUCCAAGCCCAGCGAAGUCGAAAACGCAGUCACCGUCGCCCUCCAGAACGGCUACCGCCACAUCGACGGCGCGGCCGUCUACGGCAACGAGCAGGAAGUCGGCCGCGGUAUCAAAGCUGCGGGUUUGCCUCGCGACCAGUUCUUUGUGACUUCGAAGCUGUGGAAUACGCAUCAUCGUCCGGAGAUGGUUGAGAAGGCUAUCGCAAAGACGCUCGCGGACUUGCAGCUGGACUAUAUCGAUCUUUAUCUCAUUCACUGGCCCGUCUCUUUCGUGCCUUCUGAAAAUGUGUUUCCUUGCGACCCCGUCACCGACGAAUUCCUUCUCGACUCUGAAGUCUCCAUCGUGAAGGACACCUGGCCGGCCUUGGAGAAGCUCGUUGCUGAUGGAAAAGUCCGCAGCAUCGGAGUCUCCAACUUCAACCAGGAGAAACUCGACGAGCUCCUCAAAAACUGCAAAAUCCCCCCCGCAGUAAACCAAAUCGAAGCCCACGCCUACCUGCAGCAACCCGACCUGCUCGCCUACUGCACCUCCAAAUCCGUCGUCGUCACCGCCUACUCCCCGCUCGGCAACAACAUCUACAACCUCCCCCGCGUCGUCGACGACCCCGUCGUCAUCGACAUCGCCCGCAAACUCGGCCGCGAUCCCGCCCAGGUCCUCGUCUCCUGGGCGAUCCAGCGGGGAACCGUCGUCCUUCCUAAAUCCGUCACGCCGUCUCGCAUUAUCUCAAACCUCGUCACGUUCGACCUGUCGCAGGAGGACUUUGAUAAGAUCUCCAGUCUCGAAAAGCACCAGCGCAUGAACUUCCCGGUUAGAUGGGGGUACGAUAUCUUUGGCGAGAUCGGCCAGCAGGAGGCCCAAAUCAGAGCAAAGAAGAUGGCCGCCGAGCGUGUGGCUGCUAGAAAGAAUUAAUUAUUACAUAUAGCCUAGCUUAGACCUACAAUAAACCUCCACUACUACUACUACUAC